AUGUUUAAACUGUAUGACCUGCAGUGGAGGAAGUUAGAGACCGGGAGGACGCAGGUGAAGGAGACCGGGUCCAGGCUGCGGCUGAUCUCUACGUUGUCUCCGGCCAAAAGUCGAACUACAGCUCGGUUCUCCUCCUCAAACACCGUCCACUGGAGGGAGGCGCAGAGGAGCAGGAGGAAGUCAUCUGCAGGAGGCCCAAGGAGGUCACAGGGAGGUACAAGGAGGUCACAGGGAGGCACAAGGAGGUCACAGGGAGGUCACAGGGAGGUACAAGGAGGCACCGGGAGGUACAAGGAGGUCACAGGGAGGUCACAAGGAGACACAGGGAGGUACAAGGAGGUACAAGGAGGUCACAGGGAGGAGGAGGCAGAGGAGGAGCCAGAAGAGGAGCCAGAGGAGGUGCCAGAGGAGGAGCCAGAAGAGGCGCCAGAGAAAGAGCCAGAGGAGGAGCCAGAAAAAGUGCCAGAGGAGCCAAAAGAAGAGCCAGAGGAGGAGCCAGAGAAAGUGCCAGAGGAGGAGCCAAAGGAGGAGCCAAAGGAGGAGCCAAAGGAGGAGCCAGAGGAGAAGCCAGGAGAGGAGCCAGAGGAGGGACCAGAGGAGGGACCAGAGGAGGAGCCAGAGGAGGGACCAGAAGAGGAGCCAGAAGAAGUGAAAGAGGAGGAGCCAAAGGAGGAGCCAGAAGAAGUGCCAGAGGAGGAGACUGAGGUGGUGCUAGAGGAGGCACCAGAGGAGGUGCCAGAGGAUGAACCAGAGGAGGAGCCAGAAGAAGUGAAAGAGAAGGAGCCAAAGGAGGAGCCAGAAGAAAUGCCAGAGGAGGAGCCAGAAAAAGUGCCAGGGGAGCCAAAAGAAGAGCCAGAGGAGGUGACAGAGGAGGAGCCAGAGGACGUGCCAGAGGAGGCGCCAGAGGAGGCGCCAGAGGAGGAGCCAGAGGAGGAGCCAGAGGAUGAGCCAGAAGAAGUGCCAGCGGAGGAGCCAGAAGAAGUGAAAGAGAAGGAGCCAAAGGAGGAGCCAGAGGAGGAGCCAGAAGAAAUGCCAGAGGAGGAGCCAGAGAAAGUGCCAGAGGAGCCAAAAGAAGAGCAGGAGGAGGUGACAGAGGAGGAGCCAGAGGACGUGCCAGAGGAGGCGCCAGAGGAGGAGCCAGAGGAGGAGCCAGAGGAUGAGCCAGAAGAAGUGCCAGAGGAGGUGUCAGAGGAGGAGAUAGAGGAGGAGCCAGAGGAUGAGCCAGAAGAAUUGCCAGAGGAGGAGCCAGAAAAAGUGACAGAGGAGGAGCCAGAGGAGGAGCCAGAGGAGGGACUAGAGGAGGAGCCAGAGGAGACGCCAGAGGAGGAGCCAGAGGAGGAGCCAGAAGUGCCAGAGGAGGAGACAGAGGAGGAGCCAGAGGAGGGACCAGAGGAGGAGCCAGAGGAGGAGCCAGAGGAGGAGCCAGAGGAGGAGCCAGAGGAAGUGCCAGAGGAGGAGACAGAGGAGGAGCCAGAGGAGAGACCAGAGGAGGAGCCAGAGGAGGGACCAGAGGAGGAGCUAGAGGAGGCACCAGAGGAGCCAGAAGAAGUGCCAGAGGAGGCGCCAGAAGAGGAGCCAGAGGAGGGGCCAGAAAAAGUGCCAGAGGAGCCAAAAGAAGAGCCAGAGGAGGAGACAGAGGAGGAGCCAGAGGAGGAGCCAGAAGAAGUGCCAGAGGAGGAGCCAAAGGAGGAUCCAGAGGAGGUGCCAGAGGAGGAGACAGAGGAGGUGCCAGAGGAUGAGCCAGAGAAGGAGCCAGGAGAAGUGAAAGAGGAGGAGCCAAAGGAGGAGCCAGAGGAGGAACCAGAAGAAGUGCCAGAGGAGGUGCCAGAGGAGGAGCCAGAAGAACUGCCAGGGAAGGAGACAAAGGAGGAGCCAGAGGAGGAGCCAGAGGAUGAGCCAGAAGAAGUGCCAGAGGAGGGACCAGAGGAGGAGCCAGAGGAUGAGCCAGAAAAAGUUUCAGAGGAGGAGCCAAAUGAGGAGCCAGAGGAGGAGCCAGAGGAGGGACCAGAGGAGGAGCCAGAGGAGGAGCCAGAAGAAGUGCCAGAGGAGGAGACAAAGGAGGAUCCAAAGGAGGUGCCAGAGAAGGUAACAGAGGAGGAGACAGAGGAGGUGCCAGAGGAUGAGCCAGAGGAGGAGCCAGAAGAAGUGAAAGAGGAGGAGCCAAAUGAGGAGCCAGAGGAGGAGCCAGAAGAAGUGCCAGAGGAGGAGCCAGAAGAAGUGCCAGAGAAGGAGACAAAGGAGGAGCCAGAGGAGGAGCCAGAGGAGGAGACAGAGGAGGUGCCAGAGGAGGAGACAGAGGAGGCGCCAAAGGAGGAGCCAGAGGAGGCGCCAGAAGAAGUGCCAGAGGAGGUCACAGAGGAGGAGCCAGAGGAGGAGCCAGAGGAGGGACCAGAGGAGGAGCUAGAGGAGGGACCAGAGGAGGAGCUAGAGGAUGAGCCAGAGGAGGAGCCAGAAAAAGUGCCAGAGGAGGAGCCAAAGGAGGAGCUAGAGGAGGAGCCAGAGGAGGAGCCAGGGGAAGAGGAGCCAGAGGAGGCGCCAGAAGAAGUGCCAGAGGAGGUCACAGAGGAGGAGCCAGAGGAGGAGCCAGAGGAGGGACCAGAGGAGGAGCUAGAGGAGGGACCAGAGGAGGAGCUAGAGGAUGAGCCAGAGGAGGAGCCAGAAAAAGUGCCAGAGGAGGAGCCAAAGGAGGAGCUAGAGGAGGAGCCAGGGGAGGUGCCAGAGGAGGAGCCAGAGGAGGAGCCAGAGGAGGCGCCAGAAGAAGUGCCAGAGGAGGUCACAGAGGAGGAGCCUGAGGAGGAGCCAGAGGAGGGACCAGAGGAGCUAGAGGAGGGACCAGAGGAGGAGCUAGAGGAUGAGCCAGAGGAGGAGCCAGAAAAAGUGCGAGAGGAGGAGCCAAAGGAGGAGCUAGAGGAGGAUCCAGAGGAGGAGCCAGGGGAGGUGACAGGGGAGGUGCCAGAGGAGGAGCCAGAGGAGGAGCUAGAGGAGGGCCCAGAAGAGGAGCCAGCGGAGGAGACAGAGGAGGAGCCAGAGGAGGAGCCAGAGGAGGAGCCAGAUGAGGUGCGAGAGGAAGUGCCAGAGUAG